AACCCUUCACAGCUUCAUCUAUGCCUCCAGUUGACCAUUUCCUCUAAAGAGAAGUUGAACUGGUUUACCUAUUUCACGAAUCCAGUCUCACUUUCUCUCCAAUUGUAGAUUCAAACCUGAAAUCAGAUUAAGAAAUCUCCAUUUCCACCAUAAACAAUGAACAAUCUCUUCUCCAGUUCUUUCUCACGUUUCCAGGACGAGUCUUCAGGACAUGUACAAAUGACCGAAGGCAGCACCGGUGGCGUCAAUCUCGAUAAAUUCUUCGAAGAUGUAGAGGCGGUUAAAGACGAUCUUCAAGAGCUUGAAAAUCUCCACGCUAGCCUUCAGAAUUCACAUGAACAGAGUAAGACUCUACACAAUGCCAAAGCCGUCAAAGACCUCCGCUCUCGGAUGGACGCUGAUGUCGGUUCAGCUCUCAAGAAGGCCAAACUCAUCAAGGUUCGUCUCGAAGCCUUGGAUCGAGCCAACGCAGCGAAUCGAAGCCUCCCUGGCUGUGGACCAGGUAGUUCUUCAGAUCGCACUCGAACAUCUGUUGUUAACGGCCUACGCAAGAAGUUACAGGACUCAAUGAAUUCUUUCAAUUCCCUCCGUCAAUUGAUUGCAAAUGAAUACCGCGAGACAGUUCAACGAAGGUACUACACAGUAACCGGAGAGAACGCCGAUGAAGCGACGGUGGAGAAACUAAUAGCGACAGGCCAGAGCGAGACUUUUCUACAGAAAGCGAUUCAGGAGCAAGGUAGGGGGAGAAUAAUGGAUACAAUCGCCGAAUUACAGGAGAGACACGAGGGGACGAAGGAGCUAGAGAGAAAUCUAAAGGAGCUUCAUCAAGUUUUUCAGGACAUGGCGGUUCUGGUUCAGCAUCAAGGGGAGCAGAUCGAUGAUAUCGAGAGCCAAGUGAAUCGUGCUAGUUCCUUCGUACGGGGAGGAACAGAGCAGCUUCAGGUGGCGCGUAAGCAUCAGAAGAAUACUCGCAAAUGGACUUGCUACGCCAUCAUUAUCCUUCUCGUUAUCAUCCUCUUCGUUGUCUUGUUUACAGUUCAGCCAUGGAAGAAUAACGGCGGCGGCGGUGGAAACAAUAACAAUAACACGCCGGCUGUAAACCCUAAUCCUCCUCCGUCUCCUCCUCCCCCUACUCCGACGACUCCAUAGAGGAACAGAGAGAGAUACAGGAUAUUAUGGUGGGUCUCCAUGUAUGCAAGAGUUGCCUUGGAAGAAGGGUAUUAUUGUUUAUUCUUAAAUAUUUUAUGUCUUUUAUUUUUAUCA